CUAAUUCCGUUUCGUUUUAGGGAUUCCUUCUACCAUUAGCUGCUGCAUCUUCUACCUUCUUCAUUCUCUGUUCUCCGUCUCUCUCUUCCACAACCAUCUGCAACCAUGAUUAUCACGGAGAAGAACCGCAGAGAGAUCUCCAAAUACCUUUUCCAAGAGGGUGUAUGCUAUGCGAAGAAGGAUUACAAUUUGGCGAAGCACCCGGAAAUCGAUGUCCCGAACCUUCAGGUGAUUAAGCUUAUGCAGAGCUUCAAGUCGAAGGAAUACGUUCGCGAGACCUUCGCAUGGAUGCAUUACUAUUGGUACCUCACGAACGAUGGAAUUGAGUUCCUUCGCACAUACCUCAAUCUGCCUUCAGAGAUUGUGCCCGCCACACUUAAGAAGUCUGCCAAGCCCCUUGGUCGCCCCUUGGGUGGGCCUGGUGGCGAUCGCCCUCGUGGACCUCCCAGAGAUGGUGACAGGCCACGAUUUGGUGACCGAGAUGGCUACCGUGGUGGACCAAGAGGUCCAGCAGGUGAAUUUGGCGGUGAGAAGGGUGGAGCUCCUGCUGAUUACCAGCCAAACUUCAGGGGUACUGGAGCGCGGCCUGGUUUUGGUAGAGGUGCUGGUGGCUUUGGUGGAGCACCUUCUAGUUAAUUUUGUUAUUUUGCAGUUUCAGUUUCUGGGAAUUCAUAUGAUGAGAUUGUAUGGAACCUAAGUUGUAUUUUGCAUUAUAAUGGCGUAAUGGACUUGUGUCGCUCUACAAUUUUGUUUUCUUUGAACCAGAAUUUGUGUUGGGCGUGUUGUUACUUCUGUGAGGCCUUUUUGCCAAACUAUAAAAUAUCUUUUGUUAGUGA